AUGCCUCCAAAAGGAAGGAAGACAAGGAGAAAAGUUGGAGAAGACGCCCCUCAAGCUAAUGUCCAACCUGCACAAGUUGAAUUCCCUAUGAACGCCCUUCUCGAAGCCUUAAGAGAAGUUCCCGCUCAACAGAUGGAUCUUACCGCUCGACAGAGUCAUCAUUUUCAAGUCUUUCAUCGGAUCCAAGUGCAUAAGUUUGAGGGUGGACAAGAUCCAAUGGUAGCUGAAAGGUGGUUGAGGCAGAUAAAUAAAAAUUUCAACACAAUAGGAACACCUGAGGAAUAUCAAGUUACUUUUGCUGUGUCCAAGGAACAAUAUUUUAGUCCAUCUCACAAGAGGGCUCUGAUUGGAGUAUUUGAUGGUCUAAGACAAGGGGAUAUGAUUGUGAAUGAAUUUUACAUGAAGUUUGUAGAGCUAUCCUCUUAUGCAUAUCCAGGUGUUGUUGACCAACCCUUGGUGAUUGAACAGUUCAUGCAUCAUUUGAGGCCUGCGAUACGUGGUCCAAUAGCCCCUUUGACCUUUAACAACUUGAUUGAGUGUGUGAUAGCAGCCUUGCGAACUGACGCUCAUGUAGAAGGGAAUGAGAAGAAGAACACAAGUAGAGGAAGAGGAAAUGACCAAAAGAUGACGAAGAAGAAUCAAGCACAGGGGUCCCAAGGACAACAAUUUAGUAGGGGUAGCACUAGUAUUGGUUCAUCUGGAAAGACUCGUAAUGGACCAUACGGGUGUUUCAGUUGUGGUCAACAAGGUCAUAAGAAGAAAGAUUGCCCACAACGACAACAAAGAUUUCAAGCAUCUCACGGAGGACCCAUACGGAGCUAUGUAGAGUCUACUCCUUUUCAUGGACAGCCCAGGACAAACCAGUCUUAG